AUGACUUGCAUCUGCAGGGCCUUACACAACUGCCAGAAGAGACUCCGGCCCCGGGAUCCCCUGGAGUGUGAAGGAGCGAAGCUCGGCCGCCUCCCCCGCAUCCUCCCGCGAGCCCAGGGGCUCCUUACCUCGGGGAGCUCCAGGCUCUCGCUCCUCCGGCGCCUCCUCCCGUCUGUCCCCUCCUCCUCCUGCUCCUUGAGCCCGAGUCCUCCAUGCCCUGAUGGCGCGGCAGCAGGGCUUCGGGAGCAGAGCCGGAGAGGCUCCGCCUGGUUGCAGGGGAAGCAAAGGGUGACACUCACACCCAGGGCUCAGAGAUCUACCUACCGGAUCCCCGGCCGCCACGGCCGGAGCCCGCGCAUGCUCAGAGUUACAGUGCUUUGGAGAAGUUGUUCCCAGUAUAAACAGGUGGCCAAUAAUGAAGACCUGCCAGUUCCAAUGGAAAAUCCAUACAAGGAACCAAACAAAAAAUGUAUUUUGUGUGGAAAACCUGUAGAUUAUAAGAAUGUACAGCUUUUGUCUCAGUUUAUUUCUCCAUUCACUGGAUGCAUUUAUGGAAGACACAUAACAGGCUUAUGUGGGAAAAAACAGAGAGAGAUUACAAAGGCUAUUAAGCGGGCUCAGAUAAUGGGAUUUAUGCCAGUUACUUACAAGGAUCCUGCCUAUCUGAAAGAUCCCAAAAUUUGUAACAUCAAAUAUUGAGAAAAAAGCUAGUAUCAAUAAAACUUAAUUGACAGAU